AUGUCACUUCGUUGUCCAGAGUUAAAUGAGAUAGAUAGUACAAAUAAUAUAUUCGAUCCUAGGUGUGCUACUAUGGUCUUUAAAACAUAUCCACGUGAAUUUAAUAAUAUAAAGGAAGAAAUUUUAAAUCAUAUUAACAAAAUUAAUGAUCCCAUAUUAAAAUACAUUUCUUUUUACUUUGUACAAUAUUAUAUAGAUGGAUAUAAAUAUUACGAAAAAAGUAAACACCUUCAUACAGACGCAGCUUGCCAAUAUCUAAAACAUUGGUUAGAAGAAAAAAAAGAUUUAUUCACGUAUGGUGGGAAGUGUACUAAAAACUUAACGUUGUGGGAAAGUAAUAUUGAAAAACUGUGGGAUAUGUUAGAAGUUGAAGAAUACCAUAUUUUAAAAGAUAAUGUAGAAGUUAAGUCAUGGUGCAAAAAAAUUCCUGGCUUGUCUAAAUUAACAAAAUUUCCUACUGGAGUGGACUUUUCCUAA